AUGGGGGUGAGCAACGCCAGCACGUCCGAUCUCGUCACCAUUGACAGCGAGUUCCUCAAACGCCUGCAACUACGCCGCGACAUCUUGCGAGAACACCCCACUUCAUCCAUGCGAGCGACUCCGAGGGCGGAGCCAGCAAUACGGGAACUCUACGAGUAUCUGGCGGGAUUCUAUCUCCCCAAGCGCUACCCCACGCUGUUCAGGACUCGUGUAGAUGGGGGAGAAGCUGUUCUUGAGAACCUCGCCUCGGCGGAGACGUACCCUCAGCGGGCUCCUAGCGCGACGGAUGCCACGAUGCAGCGCCUUGGCACGCUCGUCGACGAGGACUUUAUUUUCCUCAUGCCACCACCGGACGGGACCAGAGGCGAGUACACGAUACAGGGAUGGGUCGUCUGCUUCACAAGCGGAUUUGAUCUGCCCCCGCUGCUGGAGAAGCCCCUCAGCUUCGUUCAUGCCCCUGUGCCGGGGUAUGAGGAGAAACUGGGGCUGAGCAUGACGAGGUGGUUCGACCGGCUCGCCGUCGGCCGGCUAACCCGCCGCUACAAUUGGGCCAUCACCGUGCAUGGUGGCUUGAGGCUCAGCCACGGCGAGAACGCCCUCUACGCAUUUCACGAAACGUCACGGCAGCAGCAAACUGACGUAGAUAUAAGCAAGGCGCACCUCCGAACGGAACUUCAGCACCUGUAUAGGCUGCCAUCAUCCCGCGCCAUCGUGCUAAUGUACAAGACGUACCUGUACCCUCUGGAAGAUAUCAAAGCCGAGGGGCAGGGAGGGGCCCUCGCGGACGCGAUCGGUGGCCUGUCCAAGGGAAACGUCCCUGCCAUGGCCAAAUACAAGGGCAGCGAGAUCUGGGGCGAGGCAGUGUGCAAGUUUCUCAGAUCCUAG